AUGCCACACACCAGCGAUGGCGCGGCCCAGGGGCAGCCGCAGGCCGAGGCGAUGCUGCGCGGUGCUCCCCUGUUCACUGAACCCCUCGUCCCACCUGAGAGCUGCACUGGGAGCAAGGAGGAACCCGAGCUGCUGCCCGUCGUGUCGGUGGUGAGAGAUGCCGAGUCCCAGCUCCUGCCCGAUGUGGGGGCCGUGGUGACAUGCAAGGUUUGCAGCAUCAACUCCCGCUUUGCCAAGGUGCACAUCCUGUAUGUUGGCUCCACGCCGCUGAAGUCCGCAUUUCGGGGGACGAUAAGGAGAGAAGAUAUUCGAGCCACAGAGAAAGAUAAGGUAGAAGUGUACAAGAGUUUCCGCCCUGGUGACAUAGUCCUGGCCAAAGUCAUCUCGCUGGGGGAUGCGCAGUCCAACUACCUGCUGAGCACAGCAGAGAACGAGCUGGGCGUAGUGGUGGCACGCAGCGAGGCAGGAGUGCAGAUGGUGCCCAUCAGCUGGUGCGAGAUGCAGUGCCCGCGGACACACACCAAGGACUUCCGAAAGGUGGCCCGUGUGCAGCCCCAGUUCCUGCAGACCUAGCACAGACCCUGCAGGGCUGGGAACUCAG